UUGACCGCAUCACAACCGGAUGGCGAAGGGCAUGAAUCCAUUAAUCAAGCGAGCUUGAGUGACAGUCUGGACCUCAAGAUGCCGUUGAGGCGGCAGCAGACAGGCGGCAGCAUCCACACCAAAGAGCAGUUGAGUCGGGACAUGCGACAGAGCAGACUGGCUCUCUUCAUUCAGCAGUUUGAGAAAGAAGCGCAAGAACGCAUGAACGAGUUGGAGGCCAAAAUGGAGAACCAGUUGGCCACAGUGGACAAAGUGUUUAAAGUGGAGCUGAUGAAGAUGCCCCCGUCCCUCCAGAAAACGCUCAUAGGGGAUGUGAUCAGCGAGGAGGAAAUAUCUGCCAGUGACGUGUCCAUAGCCAUGAGGAGCGAGUCCCGUGAAAUGUCCCAGUCCCUCAGGCGAGCACCCGUUGGAAAAGUAAAAUCAACUGAAUCCCCUCCAGUCUCCUCCACCUCAGCCCAGAGGUCCAAAAGCUCAAAGGGAGGAAGUGGGACAAAAACGACGAGGUUGUUAGCUGGCAGUAACAGCACUGGAAAUCUGACGGUUUCUUCCAUGGCAAUAAAAAGGACUCGAAGCCGUCUGACAAGUCGUAACACGUCCAUCCAAGCCACGCCAAACCAGAAGGCUCCUAAACUCAGGUCGGUCCUGUCUGCGGGUGACCUGCACUGUUCAGUUGCCGGGUCUGCUGCACACAUCACGGUGACCACGGCACAGGGACAGAUGGUGAGUUUCUCAGAGGAAACCAAGGAUGAAAUCAACUUCGAUUUGCUUGAUGAUGUUGCAUGGUGCCAAAUUCAGAAGCUGACGACUCUGAUGGAUUAUCUUUCACGGCGAAGCCGCUGCCAGCGAUGA